AUGAGUUACGAAAUAAUUAAAGAAUGGUGUUGGACGUGCUCAAGAUCUGAACUAUUUAAUGUAUGGUCACAACAACAUCAACAACCUGCAUUAGAAUCUAUUAAUCUUAAUAUUCUCCAUUAUAAUAUCCGAUAUUACCAUUCGAAUAAAUGUGAUCUUAUCGACAUGGUGGAAAAAUAUAAACCGGCAAUAAUAACAUUAAAUGAAUUAGGAGCAAUAGUUCCAAUAAAAAUAAUCGAAAAAGCACUCUUUUCAUAUAAAGUAUUUAAAACUGAAGGCACUAAUGCUCAUGGUGGUGUAGUACUAGCGAUUGACAAAAAUUUAAACCCAAUAAAUGUUGAUUGUAAACAAACGAAAAAUAUUGUUGCAGCAUCAAUAAUGAUUAACAACAAAACAUAUACAAUAACAUCUAUUUAUUCACCACCAGCUAGAGCCCAUCGGGUCCACGUUUUUUUGGACCCGGACCCGGACCCGGACCCGCCCAAUAAAUAUUUUUUGGACCCGGACCCGACCCGGACCCGUUCAAAAAAAUUACGGUAG